UAUUUUAAGAUUUCCUAGUUGUGAAUUUAUACCUAUUGUUAGUAAAGGAGUUCCGUUUCAAAAAUUUCUACAAAACAAGGAUUUAUAUCUUAUUUCUAUUUACAUUCACGUUGAAUGCAAGUAUUGUAUCAACAAACACAUUGCUCUAAUGACUCGCUUAGUGGUUGAAGGGCACUGAAUUAUGUUCAUUUUAUAAUCAUUCAGAACGGGAUUUUACUAUUAUGGUCUAAGAUAUUGGGCGUGUUCAGUGUUCUGUGAUUUGUCCAAGUAUAUAAAGAAUGGAGAACGUAAAACCAAGCACACAAAGUCGUCGUCACAGUCAAUUGUGGUACUUCAUAAUUUUAAUUGUUAUUCUUCGUCUACUGUAAACAGUGUGAAAAUUAUUCGCAAAAAAAUGGCAACUUCAAUCAAAAUCGAUAAUGGCUUCGCCAUCAAACUCUCAUCUAAUCAACUGUUCCAGAAAAAAAUCUAUUACAGUAACAUUAUGGAUGAAGCAAACGUAGCAAAAUUUAGUUACAGCAUAGUGCCUAUCACUGCCAAAGAUAAACAUACGGUGGCUGCUUUCCUAAGAAAGUUCUUUUUUCGUGAUGAACCGUUGAAUGUAGCAAUACAAUUAUUGGAAGAAACAGAUUCAGCAGCAAAACUUGAGAAUUACUGCAUUAGUUAUUUGCAAUAUGGAAUGACAUUCAUGGCAGUAUCUCAAACUGGUGACAUAAUGGGUGUGAUUUUGAACAACAUAAUGCAUAGAGAUGAUGAAGAAGAAGACGAAGAGGAUGACGAAACAUGUAAUGAAAAUUUGAAGUUUAAGGACAUUGUGGUUCUCUUGGACAAAAUUAAACGAGAAGCAGACGUAUUUGCCCAAUAUAAAAAUGUAAAUCGUAUAUUGGAAAUAAAAAUUGUUACAGUGAAUGAAGCUUAUAGAGGCCAAGGAGUAUGCAAGGCGCUCAUCGAUAAAACUAAAGAAUAUGCGUUGGAAAUGGGUUGUCAAAUGAUUUACGUCGAAUGUACCAGUCAUUAUUCUGCUAAGGCGGUCGAAAGACUUGGGUUUCAAUGCAUUUAUUCACUGGCCUAUAAUGAUUAUGUAAACGAACAUGGUGAGAUGGUGUUCAAAACACAAUCACCACACAGAGGUGCCAAAGUGUUUGUGUUACCUUUGUAAUAAAACUAUUCGAUUUGAACCUCUAUACAGUAGGCCCACUUUUUUAAAAUUAAAAUAAUAAUCAUUAGUCGUUACCAGUACCGUAUUUUUUGUAUACAAUUUUUGAAAUGUUUAAAAUGUACCAGAUAAUUAUGUUCAAUGAAAAAUCAAAAUUAUAAGCUAUAAGUAUAUAUAUUAUAUAUGUAUUA